GAGACACCGGGGGCAGGGGCUGAAUCAUGGCGGGAGCCGAGACUGGGGAUGCGGCCGGGGCUGGGACUGGGGCCCCGCAGAAGCGCUACUAUCGGCAACGUGCUCACUCCAACCCCAUGGCGGACCAUACACUGAGCUACCCUGUGAAGCCUGAAGAGAUGGACUGGUCAGAGCUAUACCCAGAGUUCUUCGCUCCACCAACCCCAGAUCAGAGCCAUGAUGAUCCAAAGGAUAAGAAUGAAAAGAGAGCCCAGGCCCAAGUGGAAUUUGCAGAUAUAGGCUGUGGCUAUGGUGGCCUGUUAGUGGAACUGUCACCAUUGUUCCCAGACACACUGAUUCUGGGUCUGGAGAUUCGGGUGAAAGUCUCAGACUAUGUACAAGACCGGAUUCGGGCCCUGCGAGCAGCUCCUGGAGGUGGCUUCCAGAACAUUGCCUGUCUCCGUAGCAAUGCCAUGAAACACCUUCCUAACUUCUUCCGAAAGGGCCAGCUGACAAAGAUGUUCUUCCUCUUCCCUGACCCACAUUUCAAACGAACGAAGCACAAGUGGCGAAUCAUCAGUCCCACACUGCUGGCAGAAUAUGCCUACGUGCUGCGAGUUGGGGGGCUGGUGUACACCAUAACGGAUGUGCAGGAGCUCCAUGAAUGGAUGUGCACCCAUUUUGAAGGACACCCCUUGUUUGAGCGUGUACCUCUGGAGGAACUGAGUGACGACCCUAUUGUAAGACAUCUUGGCACCUCAACGGAGGAGGGAAAGAAAGUUCUGCGCAAUGGAGGAAAAAAUUUCCCUGCUAUCUUCAGAAGAAUACAGGAUCCCACCCUCCAGGCAGUGACUUCCAGUCCUACCCCUCCUGCUCAGUGACACCUUACCUUGCCUAAGCUGGACCACAUCUUCCUGUGACUGGGGGAAAAAGCUAGACCUGCGGGCCUUUCCAACAAAGACUAUUGGGGCUGAGAGGCAGCGGCCUUUCAAAGGAGUUGUGGAAUCGCCCAGGUGCAGGACCCCAGUCCUUUCACAACCACCCCCUCUGCUGCCAACAGAAAGACAGACAUGGUGGUACUGGGGUUGGCACAGUGGCUAGAGCGUUGGACAUAAGAACAAGAGGUCCCAAGUUCAGUCCUUGGAGUUCAUGUGCCAGAGUAAUGCUCUGGUUCUCUCUCUCUUACUCUCUUCAUAAAUAAAUAAACCUUUUUGAAAAAGAAA